CUUGCAGCAAUGACAGUAGUCAGUCACGUGAUUUACACGUGGUGACGUUGCGCCCUACAGAGGAUGGAGGGAGAUGGGGAACUUAAAUGGGAUAUUGAACCUUACAAUGGCAGAAAUUGUUUUUUCACAAGAGAAUCGUUUGAGAAAUAUUCACUGGGACCAACAUUCACUGACAUUUGGCACCUGAUCACCAACGCACAGAAGGCUCCUGAAGAAACGCUACCAGCACAAAAGAACAAGGAAAAAUCUCCACCUACGGAACCCGCAACUGAGAAACCGGAAGUACAGCAUACUGUAGUAGACGGCCCGUCCCUCCCAGAACCACGUGUUCCCUACCCUCAUUAUUCUUGUAUCAGUGAGCAUGAGCAGAAGAUGUAUGUGCAGCUAAUGAUUAAGUUUUACAACACGAAGAAUAGCAACGUAACCAUAACUUAUUUAAGAGAGUACAAUCAUUAUCAGUUCUUGAAAACAAAAUUGGCUAAUGAAUAUGCAGAGUUUCAGAAAUACCUACAAAACAGUGCCCGUAACUGUGUGGAGGAUUACAACUGGUUGUCAACUGACGCACAGCUUUUUACUCAGGACUUAUUAAAGGCGUGCCAGAUGUAUGUGAAGAAUUAUCCUGAGCUUUAUGCUGUGCACAAGAUCACCAGCCUGCUUGGUGGCAAGUUUAAAACUGAUCUGGCCCUCAAGCUGGAGAAAUGUCUUCUAAAAAUGGGAUCAGCCUCCUAUGUGAAAGUUAUAUUUCCAUCGUCUGGGGUAGAUCUUCCAACGGAAUCAUCCACAAUGUCUUCAGCAAAAACGGCUGAUUUUAACCAUGAGAGUGUUAUGUCUGAUCUAAAUGCAUCCAGACUUGCUGCAAAGUAUUGUCCUCAGAUUGUGAUGACCGGCCUGGCCUUGUACACACUGUUAAACAACCAUGGAGUUGGUUAUAAGGAACAAUGGGAAAUCCCCUUGCGUGUAGAGACCAUAGCUACUGAAGAUAAGAAUACAAAAGUAAUUUAUUUGGACUCUCCUCUUCCCAAGAAAGAGUUAAGUGUAAGGGAGCAGAGCCAGAUGUUUCAUGAAGUGUGCUUGAACAUAUUCAUGGUAAAGAAAAGUGUUGUUUUUCUAAAGACCAUGCAACUGGAUAAAUCAGAGGAGCAGCCACAGACUACUAUUGAAGACAGCAGAUCAAAAAGAGAAGAUGUUUGCAAUAUGGAGGUGGAUUUUGAGACUGAUGUCACAGAACUUGAAACUUUUGGGUCAGUAGAGAAAAUGAAUAAGAAGGCAAAACCCUCUGACACUCAGACCAGCUCCCCUGACUGCCAGACUUGUCCUCCUGCCUCUGAGACCAAACCUCUAGAAUCUUCAUUCAAAAAGGAGGUUAUAGUAAAGUCCUUGGUGAGCAAACUGAAAAUGGAGAAAGAGGUUAUUAAAAAAACAAUCCCAGAAAAACAAAAUGAUCAAGAGAUGGAGUGUCCAGCGCCCAAAACUGGAAAGUUGCUGUGGUCUGACACUGAUGAGGGUUCAUCUUUUGAUGGAUUUGACUCAGAUGAGAUCAGCAACCCCAAGAAAAACAAAAAAGGCUCAGGCACAGACUCUGACAAAGAGAGCAAAACGACCAAACAAUGCACCAAGCAGCAUGGCACAAAACACCAGAGUGACUCAGAGGAGGACAGACUUGUCAUUGAUAUUGAAUCUGACAAAAAUAGCAAAAAAGCUAUCACUGCCUCUCCCAAACACAACUCUGUUUUUUCACCACCUCUCGUUUGCACUCCUGACUCCCAGCAUCUGCAGAGGAAGCAAUCAAAGACAUUUUCAAAGGAGUUUGACCCAGUAGGGCAAAUUCUGAAGAUGCAAACACAGCUCUUGAAACCUGAAGCAAAAAAGAUGCAUAAUCAGAACGUAUUAAACGCAGAAAAAAAUGAACAGCUGUCACAAAAUCCAUUGCCAAACUCAUCCCAACCCUCGUCUUCUAUCAUUCCAAUGGUUCAGACCAUUCCUGAAAAGAUGGAGAAAAAAUUCUUAACCAUUGAAGAACAGGCCAGAGCAGAAGAUGAAACAGAGUACACAGCUCCGCUGGGAGAUAACUGCACAUACAAGCUCUUCAGUCUGGAUGAUUUGCUCUUGUUGAUCAAAAGUCCUAUUCAAAAAGCAAAAGUGCGGACAAAUAAAAAAGGCCCCAGAAAGCAUACACCCAUACAUGUCCUGGCAAAAAUGAAUUACCAGUCGUGUUAUGGUGCAGAAGCACUGACGGAGAGUGAAAGCUGCCGUCUGUGGACUGAGAGCCUCUUAAACUCCAACAGCGCAUUUUAUAUUGGUCACAUUGAUGCCUUUACAUCCAAGCUCUUUAUGCUGGAGGAAAUCACAUCUGAAUCACUGAAGGAAAGAAUCAGUAACCUCAAGUCAAUGAACUCCUUAAACAUUCUCUAUCACAUUCUGAAAUGGGUAACUGAGUUACAAGAUGGAUCUUAUCUUUUGAGUCACGUCUCUGAUGAUUCUUCAGUUCGCCUGUAUAAGAGCCUGUCUCGGAAGGACACGCGAGUGUCUUACAACUUGCAUGAAGCUCACAACAGCCUACCAAAAACACCAUCCUCUCUCUCUGUCCCCUGGGUACCACUUGAUCCUAAUAUUCUCCUGCCAUACCACAUCCAUCACGGCCGACCCCCAUGCACAUUUCCACCUCCAAUCCAUGAAAAUAAAGCAAAAGCCCAGGUCAAUAGAAAGAGACAGACUGAUAGUCCUAAACAAGCACCAGAAGAGGUCAAGCCUGCCGCAGAAAACAGCACCCAACAAACAGCAAAGAAGAAGAAAGGCAACAAAAAGAUGAGGCCACAUCGGGUCUUGAAAUGGAAGACCAAAAUAAUGUCCUGGAAAGCACUUGCCUCAGCACAGAAAAAAAGUAACAAGGGCCUUAAUGAACAACCAAAAAAGUAAUUAGUAGCAGCGCCCAGCUGCAGAUUGCUGCAUACCUGAUAUACUUUAUAAAUAUUGUAAAUGCUUUCAAUUGUAAUAAAGGGGUCUUGCUUUAGUAUGCAUGAAA